UCCCUCACCUAUCUCGCUCACUCAAUUCAACACCGCAGCUCUGCUCUUCUCUCUAUCUCUCUCCGAUGGCCCUCUCCCUAUUCCACCACCCAUCUCUCACUCUCCCCUCACCUCCACCACAACCCUCCUCUCCUCCUUCUCUCCUACUCUCACCCUCCAACUCCCUCCAAUUCAAACUCCCCGCCCCUCCCCGCCCCCGCCUCCUCCUCCGCCCAAACCGCUCCCUCCGCGCCACCCUCCCCUCCGCCGUCGACUCUCCGCCGCAAACUUCCGGCAGUCAGCCCGAGAAGAAGCUCAUCCUCCAAGUCAAAGACCUCACCGCCGUGAUUGCCGAAUCGAAGCAGCAGAUUCUCCGGGGCGUCAACCUCGCCGUCUACGAAGGUGAGGUCCACGCCGUCAUGGGCAAGAACGGCUCCGGCAAGAGCACUUUCGCCAAGGUUCUGGUGGGCCACCCCGAUUACGAAGUCACCGGAGGCAGUGUGGUGUUUAAAGGGCAGGACUUGCUGGCCAUGGAGGCCGACGAGAGGUCGCUGGCCGGGCUUUUUAUGAGCUUUCAGUCGCCGGUUGAGAUCCCCGGUGUGAGCAAUAUCAAUUUCCUUCGGAUGGCUUACAAUGCCAAGAGAGCGAAGCUCGGAUUGCCUGAGCUUGGAGUGUUUGAGUUCUAUGCUUAUUUGUAUCCGAAACUUGAACUUGUGAAUAUGAAGACGGAUUUUCUGGAUAGAAAUGUUAAUGAGGGCUUUAGCGGUGGUGAAAAGAAGCGCAAUGAGAUUUUGCAACUGGCGGUUUUGGGGGCAGAAUUGGCUUUAUUGGAUGAAAUUGAUUCUGGUUUGGACGUCGAUGCAUUCCAAGACGUUGCUAAGGCAGUAAAUGGGCUUCUGACUCCAACAAAUUCUGUGUUACUAAUAACUCAUUAUCUACGACUUCUGCAAUUUAUUAAGCCAACAUGUAUUCACAUUAUGGAAAACGGAAGAAUUGUGAAGACAGGUGACAUCUCUUUAGCAGAGGCACUAGAGAAGGAUGGCUACGAAGCAAUUGCCUAACUACAUUAGAAGUGGUACUGCUUUCCUCUCUCUGGUGAAGAUGAGAUGCUUAGAAAGUGUAUCAUGAAAGGACAUAUUCUUAAGGUUGGAAACCAGGUACUUGGGAUAUGGUUCAUUAUGUGUGAAGAAUAACUUCAAAAAUAGUACAUGUUAAACAGAUCACGCGGUUGAACGUUGUGAAUUUGUGAGAAAGGAUAUAGACAGAGAGGUCAACAUAGCAAUCCUCAAUAUCAUUUUGACAUCUUUACUUGAGUUUUUUUCUUCGUCUUCCUUAAAACAUUUUACUUGAGGUUAUCUAUGUCAAACGUAGAGAAUAUGGACAGAGAAUUAUGUUUUACCCAUAUGCCAUGGUAUAUAAGAUUUGAGUAGCCUUUCUAAUAUAAGAAGAGGAAGCUGAUUGGUUCACGAGCAUGUCCUUGAUGAGUUGAUGCUUUAAUCUGUUGUAACUGAGCAAAUUGGCUCCAAUAAAGCGAUGUAUUUUUAUGUCUUAUUUCUAUUGUGCUAUUUCAAGAUGGGCAACU